AUGAAGGUGCUCCUGCUGCUGCCCCUUCUGCUGGGAGCUGUCUCUGCGCGCCACCUGGGGGACAAUGCCACCCCUCCAGAUUAUCUGGACAACCAGGCCAACCUGAGCCAGAACCUGGACAGCUCCGGGGAGAAGAAGGGAGAGUUGGCACUGCAUGGGGAGGAGAUUCCAUCAGGGGAAGAGGAGGCCAAGGCUUCUGACUUUCAAGACACUUUCGAGGAUAAGGACAACCUGGAUUCAGACCUUGCUGCCUCGGGGAACGUUGUGUGUCCCAAGGAAGAGGACACAGUUCAAGAGGAUAACAAUCCUCACAAGCAGUUCCGUCAAUAUACAUUAGUGGGGUCUUCCAGGACAUUUUCUGCAUCUCAGGAAAUUUGCAAGAGGUACUACGGGGGCAACCUUGCUUCCAUCCACGAUAUCAAUACCAAUAAUCAACUCAGGAGUUUGGCCAGCAGGAUUAACCAAGGCCAGGUCUGGAUCGGAGCCACCAUCUCUCAGUGGUACGAGUGCAAUAGAUAUACUUGGGCAGACGGGAGCCGUUGGGAUUUUUCUCACUGGGCCCCAGGACAGCCAGGAAGAGGAACAGGAAAUUGUGUGACCCUGUGCACCCGAGGUCCUGCCCACAUUGGAGAAGCAGCAGGUGGCUCUGAGGAUUGA